CCAACCACUGAAGAAGUAAAAUAAAAAUCCCCAACUAUUGAUAAAUAAAUCAUAAAUUGUUGCCGAUUUAUUUGCUAAUAAGGAAUAUGGAAAAACACCUCGAUAGAGUUAUGGACGAUGUGUUAAGUAAUCCCGGUGUUACAGCAUGUGUAUUUGCCGAUCACCAAGGGCUUUGUUUGGGAGCAAGAGGAAAAGCGUCGACAGAAUGUGCUGGAAUGGUCGGCGCAAUUGCAGAUCAAGCUGCCAAAUUGGAACCACAACACAAGUCGCCAAUUAUAAUCUUUGAAAACGACACACGUGCCUGCAUUAUUCAACGUAACGGAACUAUUACCGGAGCCAUUUUUAAAAACAUUUAAUAUUCAACAAUUAGUUACAAAUAAAACAUUAAUCUAU